GAGGGAUUCCAGUUCACCAUGUCGCUCGCACGAAGUCAAGGCAGCCAGCCUUCCAUGCAGUCAGUCAGAAGCAGACCUCUACUGCCCCUCCCCCCGCGCCCCUCGCCCGUCCCGCCUUUGAUAGGCCACAGACAGACCCCAUCAAUUCAAUUAAAACGACCAUCCAUCCAUCCAUAAAUUCACUCAUUCAGGUACACGGACACGGACACACAGAAAGGCGGACAGAUGGACUCAUUCACACGGCACAGACCCCCAUGGCACAAAAGUCACACGCCUCGCCUCACACGCGCGUCGGGUCCGUCCACUCAGCCAAGCCAGAUGUGCACAUAGACACGUCGAUGACGUCAGUCACGGAAUUGAUAGUCCUGCACGGGCCAAAUGACUAGUCCGCCUCCUGCAGUGCAGUGCACCCACCCACACGUUCACUCUCAGUCAUUCCCUGCAGUGAGUGUGUGCGCUUGCUGGUGGUAGCUCCCUCACCUCGAUUUCGUCGACCUUGCCGACGGCGAUUGUCUUAGCUACAAGGCACCACACACAGACCGACGGACAGCAGAUGAGAUGUGCUGGCGGUGUGCAUCGAAACCACGAGUGCUUUUCAUUGAUUCAUUUCUUACCUCCAUCCCGCAGUGUGAAUCUUCCGAGCUGAGGUCGGAUCGCGUAGGGCUCCAAACACAUAGGAGACACAAGCUGCCCCGCCCCACACAACAAGCAAUAACACGCAAACGCAUCCAUCCAUCUGCCUGGCCAGCUGUCUCGGUGUUGGUGCAGGUGUGUGUGUGUGUGGGGGGGGGGAGGGUAGCCACCCACCUGCAUUCUGCAUUUGACCAUGCAGCUGCUCUUGAUGAACUGCGGGUUGGUCUUCUUCUUCUUGGUGGCGCGAUCCGUCGACUCUGGUCAACAUGACCCCAAUCACGUGCCCGUCCAUCCCGCCCACCCAGUGUGUAUGUCCUUCUUUGCGGUCAUUCCCUCCCCAUCCCUCACCGAGCAGCUGUAGAAUCUGGACCUCCUCACAGGCCGUGUGGGCAUGGAAUACUGAAGAUUGAUCGAUGCGAUGUACACACAGACAAUGGUUUUCCUCACUGCUGCGCUGCGGAGUUCCAGCACUCCCCGUGUGAGUGUGUACCACAAGAGUAUCCUGCGGUGAUUAUGGGUGGGUGCUCCGGCAGCUCCACAAUAUUCACCUGCAGAGGAGGGGAUAAGUCGGGAAGGACCAAGCCAAGCAACCAAUGGUAAGUAAGAGGAAGCUAGCCCUGUCUGUCUGUCUGUACCUACCGUGGCUUUGAAUGUGGAUAUGACAGGGCAGGGGUGCUUGGCGGUACACAGCACGUAGCCCUUGCAGAUCUGGUCCUCCUCAACACCUGACACCUUCAGCUGCGCACACACGCACACACACACAAGAUGGCGAUGGACAAGGGUGGAGAGGUGCUUCGGCUGGCUGGCCGGCUGGCUGGGUGGUGGGUGGUCCGUCCUACCGCCACGUUUUCUCCAGGUCUGGCGAUGUCUACCUCGUCUUCAUCGACAAACACACUCAAAAUCUUGACUCGGUUCUUGUUGGGCAUCAGCAAACACUGAACAAACAAAGAUAUUAGGCCCUCCCGUGAUUCCUGAUCAGUCGGACUGUCUGUACUUACGUGUGCAUUGGCCUUGACGACUCCUGCUUCGACCUUGCCCAUGGCCAUGACGCCCUGGUCCUUGUAGCCCGACAGCAGUGGGAUCCUCAGGGGGUCAUCCACACGACGGUCGGGCGGGACCAAACCAUCAAACAACUCCCACAACGUCGGCUGUAGUGACCACCAGCCAGGCCAGCAACAGAUACGCCAGUUAGUCCAUGUAAGCAUACCGUGGACGUGUUUAUGUGUGUACGUUGGCCUAGAUUGACUGACAUGAUUGACGUACGUACCUUGUCCCUUCCGUACCAGCUGCCUUUCGCAUGGUAGCUCUUCGGGUUUGAGGCGUCACUGACGUGAUGCUGCAGCAUAGAUAACAUCGAUCGAUCGAUGCCCACCCCACCCCACCCAAGGCAGGCCAGGCCAGGCCCCCUCCAUGCCAUGCCAUGCAUGUGUGUUGUGAUGUUGUGUGCUGUCUGUCUUGUGCUGUGCCGACCUUGAGGUUGGAUCCGGUGAGUCCCGAUAUGGGGAUGAAGAAGAUGUCCUUGGCGGGGUUGAAGAACUGACGCAAGUACGGAGUCAGCUUCUUCUCGAUGUCAGUGUACCUGCGCAAUGCGGGCGAGCCACAGCCCAUCCUUAUGUCUCAAGCAGGCAACCGAUUUCUGUUGUGUGCCUACCUGUUCUCAUCCCAAUCGCACGUUGGGUCGUCCAUCUUGUUGAUGGCCACAAUCAACUGGGUCACACCUGCCCGUCACACACACACAGACAGACAGACAGACAGCAGAAGACGGGAGGGAGGGAAGAGUCAGACACGUCCGUCCAUCCGUGUGCACAUUCGUCGCUGCUCAGAGUACACUCACUCCCUCCUGCAAAUGUGUGUGCGUACCUAGUGUCUUGGCCAGCAUGGCGUGCUCCCGCGUCUGUCCGCCGCGCUCGAAGCCCGUCUCAAACUCGCCCCUGCGCGCUGACCCACACGCGGCAAGACAGAGAGAUCGCUUCAGACACCGAGGGGGCGUGUGUAUGUCUGUGUUUGUCUAGGUACAGGCGGGGCGGGCAGCGCUCACCGGAGAUGAUGAGCACUCCGACGUCAGCUUGUGCGGCGCCAGCAAUCAUAUUCGGAACAAAGCUCUUGUGACCGGGAGCGUCCUGACGCCACACACACAAGCUCGUUCACACAUACAUACCACGUCAUGUCGUGUAUGUCCUUGUUCCUUCCUGUGGUGAAUGAGAGUGAUUCACUCGCUGACCAGUAUGGUGAAUCUUCGGUUGUCUGUUUCGAACUUGGCCCUGCCGACCUCCACAGUCUUCCCCUGCACACAUUCGACAAUACAAUGCAUACCCACCUGCCCGCCUGACCAUUUUCCCGCCCGUUGACUGACUGACUGACUGACGUACGGCGCACCUUGGCCCUUUCCUCCUCGUUGAUGUCCAUGAUAAAGGCGAGGAACCAACUCUCGCGGUUCUUGUCUGCACACACCACACCACACCACACCACACAUGCCCUCAUUCCGUCCACCAAUGACUGACUCAUUGAUUGCUUGGUGGGUGGGUGAUCGAUCGCCUGGCCCGGUGUCCUACCUACCUUUGGCCUCCUUCUCGUACUUUUCGAUGGUACGCUGGUCCACCUGGCCCGACAGAUACCUACACACAUACACACGGGGGAACAGAGACACACAGACAGACAGACAUUUAUUGAUUGAUGCUGAUUGUUGACUAUGAGUGAGUUUGAUGCUGAUUGUUUGCUAUGAGUGAGUAUGGGUGCUUGCCUUGCUUACAAGAUGUUGCCGCAUGUUGUGGACUUGCCAGCGUCUGAUGGGCGUCGUGCAGCCAGGCAGCCACAUCGACACGUAUGAGAUACAUACUAGUAAAGCCGACUGGGUGUACGUUUAGGUGAGUGAGUGAAUCCUCGCUUGCUUACCGACGUGUCCGAUGAAUACGAUGUUGAGGUGAGGCCUGUCAUCUGCCUGUCGGAUCUUCUUGCCCUCAGCGGUCGAUGCCUCGCCGCCCUCGUCCUCAUCGUUUUCCUCGUCGGCCUCGUCAUCCUCACCCUCCUGAUCCACACCCUCAUCCCUGGCGACUGGUCCAUCGCCCACUGGUGCACUACCGUCGGUCGACCCACACACCGCCGCACCUGGUGGUUGGUGCACCCCCACCCCAUCGAUCCCCGCCGCAGAUGACGGGUCGGCCUCAGUGGUGGCCUCGGCAGCAGACUCCUCAGCCGCACCACCCACCUUAGACCCCGACGAUAGGGGAGCGGGGGGUUGCUCGACGGGGGCUGGCGGCUGUGGGGUGGCAUUGGCAUUGGCAUCUGCCUCGUCCUCCUCCCAUGACUCACUGACGUCUGCGGGGUGUGCGUGUGUGGAUGGGGUAUGCUGGGCAGCCGACGGGGGGACGGACGAGGGCGGAGGGGGAGGGGGGGCGCCUGGGGGGGUCGGGUAAGACCCCGAUGCGACCCUCUCACCGCCAACAUGACCGUUGCGGGGUCCACCAUACAUACCGUACCCUAUUUAUAUAUUGACACAAAUCAACCAAUGGUACGACAAGCCAAGCAACAAACAAACAGUGCACUCAACCAGCCAGCCCAUAGGCAGGCAGGCAGGCAGGCCGGCCACAUGCAAGACAAGCAUGGUCUGACUGACUGACUGACUGAUGGACAGACAGGUGUGUGUCUGGCCUGCAUGAAUGACCUACCGCCAGGAGGUUGGUUGUGGACCUGCUGCUGCGACGGGAGGCCCAUCUACACACAGCAGUAAGUAAGGACAUACGUUCGUGUGCAGCACAGGCAGGCAGGCAGGCAGGCAGGCAGAACCAAGAUUUGUGUGUGUGCGUAUGAUGUGUGACGGCACCGCCCGUCUGCGAUUCGAUUUGUAUGCACCCCAGGUGCGUGCGUGCGUCCAUCCGUACCUGCUGUUGCUGCUGCAUCAUGUUGAUGUUGUAGUGGUGGUUGUGCUGUCCCCCCGGUGCGGGCGGGGGAGGGGGAGGCAUCGGCCGCCCAUAACCCUGCUGGCUGUAACCCUGCUGCUGACCACCAGGGGCGGCAAAACCACCUGUUUGUGUCACACAACCAGCCAUGAGUCACACCGCAAAUGGAAUGAGCCGAGGUGCCAGAAUGAUCGGACGAUUGAGUGGCAGCCGCCACGGCCAACGGUGCUGCCUGCCUGCCCUGCCUGCCUCGUCUAUCUGUCUGCCUGUGCGACAUGCGACGAACUCAAGACUGACGUAGCAAGUGUGCCUGCCUGCCUACCGGGUGUGAAUGAUGCCGCAUUGGGAUUGAAGUUGAAGUUGGACAUCGUGGUUGUGAUGUCCGCCCUCGCGAUUCAAUAGGGACAGGCAGAUAGAUAACCAGCCUCUCUCUCUGCAGUCUCUGAACGACACCGCACAACCACGAAUCGCCAGACAUAUAUAUACUAUAAUUCAGUGUGGAGGUACCUCUGCGUCCCCUCGCGUCGGGGAUCCACGCCGUUUUCGG